CAGACAUUCAGCUUCCUUGCAGUGUAAGUACCAUUAAGUAUUUCAUUCUGAUAUAACUUAUAACAUGAUACUAUGUAAAAUGAAUGUACUAUUUAUUUUAUCAGUAAAAAGCUACUAAUGGGGUUUAGUCAUUAUGUCAGAUUGUGGUAAAUGUAACUCAGAAUUGCAAAAUUUAGGUAACAAUAACUAAUUUGAAUUUUAAAAAUGCUACAACUCACCUAGCGAGACAGCCGAAACAUUACAAUUUGGAUUUUAAUUUACUACAAAAAUCAUUGUUUAGUGAAUAAAUCCCUAAGUGUUAACAAAACUACUAAUAAACUACAUAUAUGAGAUCUCACAAGUUCUAGAUGAUAAUUGUUUUGUAUGAUCUUGAUCAAAGUGUGUGUAGUGAUAAAAUUUGCAUUAUAUUGCAGGUUAUUUUCACUGGUAACUAUGGUAACAGUGUAACAAGCACAGUGCCCUAUAUAAGUGUAAAAAAAAGCUAUUUCUUUUAUAUAAAUGUGUGCAGCUAUUUUGGUUUUUUUUCUGGUCUGUAUGUGUCUUUACAAGGGCUGUUUACACUGUGUGUUUUGGCCAAUCUUACAUAUGGGCAAGGUUGUAACUGUAACAAAAUUUCCUUUAUUAAUAGGUUUCAUAUUCAGUGCAUCUACUUUGACUCUUGGUAAUAUGCUUAUGUUCUCAUAAUUCCUCUAAAUUGCACAAAUUUUCUGUUUGGCUGUAAUUAUUAAUGAAACCAAUGGCAUCAGGAGGGCUUUGAGAAAUGUUCUAGAUCAGCUCUAUAGCAUUGCUCAGUGGUGUGAGAAUUGACAAAGGAAUUACACAUUUCAAGACUAAAUAACCAAGUAAACUGAGAUAGCGAAUGUUUGUAAUUUAUUUUGGUUUUUGUUUUGGCAUAAAAUGUCCAAUAUCUUUGGCCAGUUCUUCACAAUUCAUGUUAAAGGGUGACUACAAGCACCAUGACCACCUCAGUGAUUUGAAGUGGUCAUGGUGCCUGAAACCUGUAUGUGGGACAAUUUACCAAAACGCAGCACAUACAGAUUUUAACAAAUCUGUUACUCCACCACAGAGUUCUGGACUGGCUAAUGUAAAUUCUGUGCAUAGUUGACAUGUGUCAUCAGCAUGCACAGCAUGCUUGCGACCGACUUCCAAUGUCAGCACCCCCUUGUCGUGUCGUUUAAGUACUCCCUCAGCCCACCCUCUCUGACAUCCAUCUACUCAUGAGAGAGGAGGUGUGACUUCACUGAGGGAAGAUCAGGUUUGGCCUUGGCACUUGAACAGAGGCCGGUUGUUGUUUUUGUGGGCGGGAGGGGUAAUAGCAGAUUUGCAAGGGUUACUUAAAACACUUUUUUUUGGUUGGAUAACCUUUUAAGUAAAUAAUAAAACUGUUGAGAGCCUAUAUAUGAAUCACAGAAUACUUAGCUUUGUUCAAGUUAUUUCAUUACCUGCAAUGGCGUCGAUGGGACUGCUGAAUCCUACAUAUUGGUUAUAUGUGAAUAUUUGCAAAGAGUUUUGGAAUUGAAAAUUAAAGCGGGUCUGUCACUUUACAGUAUUUCAUAAAGAUAUUUUCUAUGUUAUGAAAUACUGAUCAAGACUGUGUUAGGAUUUCAUUGAAAGUCCGACACAAUCCAAAGAUAUCAUAAGACAAAGUAGGGAAUACUUUGUCUUAUAGUCAAGCCUGAGGUUGACAAAAUUCGACAAAACACAGAGCUCAGCCGUCAGCUUUUGUCCAAUCUCAGCAGCUGUCACAAGUAACGGCUGUGGUAUUCGGGCAUUGAUCAAGCAAGAACAUGAGAUUCUCUCUAGAGUGAAUUGGACUCUCGCACAUGCGCAAUAGUACAUCACUAAUACGGACCAGCAAGGCAAAGAUGGCGGCAGCCCUGAGGGGCUGCAUGAGGUGAGUAAUACUAAGCUUCCCCUGCACUCCGCAACCACUGGACACACACCAGAUCUAUCACUUACGGGGGUUUGUGCGAAAUAUGCGAAGACCCCUGUAAGUGACAGAUCCACUUUAAAUAACCAGACAUCUUCCAUUCUAAAAAUAAAACACUCAGAAUGAAAUAAGUAUAUUUUAAUAAUAAUAAUUUUCAUUUUAUUUAGUGCAUAAAAUGAAAUCUCACCAAAGAAAACUGCUGGUUGAUUUCAGCCAUCAUGGUGCAGGUAACAUCUACACUAUUAAUACAAGUUUCAAUUGUUACACUACUAUCUGUCCGUGUCUGUCUAACUGCCUGUUAUUUGUUUUGUAGAUAUAAACAUCGUGUUACACAUGAUAUCUAACUUACAUCUCUCAGAUAUUGCCUGCACUGACCUGUAGCCCAAUAUAAAACAAAAAUAUUGCUGUCAGCUCAAUGUUAUAUUGUUUUUGUCCUUUAUAUGUGAUGAAAAUAUUCUCGAUGAAACUUUGUAAUCAUAUUUUCUAACAUGUUUUAUGGAUGUGUCCUUUCACAGAACUACUGGAAACAACAAAAAAAGAAAGACUUUCUGAUAGCUUGCAGAACAAGGUGCAACUUGUAGAAGAUGAAUUAAGGCGAGGUUACCGGCAGGAAGCUCUGACAUUGAAUGCAGCUAUCGAGAACCUGACACGCAUUUAUCUUACAAGGUAAUAUAAACACUGUAUUUAGUAACACAGUCAGGUCGGGGAGCAAAUAGAACGGACAUCACGUAGUAGGUAACCCGUUCAAAAAAUAUUUUAACUGUAGAAUAAUGACUUGUGCGAAAAUGUUGUUGAAAACAUUUAAAGGAAUACUAUAGUCACCAAAACAACUUUAGCUUAAUGAAGCAGUUUUUGUGUCUAGAUCAUGCCUCUGAAGGUUUACAGUUCUAUUCACUGCCAUUUAGGGGAUAUAUCACUUUUGUUUUUGUUUAUGCAGCCCUAGCCACACCUCCCCUGGUUGUGACUUACACAGCCUGCAUGAAAACAAAAUGCUUUCAUUUUCAAUCAGAUGUAACUUACUUUAAAAAUUGAACUUCAAUUACAUACGGGAGGCUCCUGCAGGGUCUAGCAAGCUAUUAACAGAGCAGUAGAAAAGACAUUCUAAAUGAAACAGAAUUUGCAAAAAAGGCAGUUUAAACAUUAGAUGACUCUUUAUAGGAGGUGUUUAGGAAGGCUGUGUAAGUCAUAUGCAGGGAGGUGUGCUUAGAGCUGUAUAAACAAAGUGAUUGAACUCCUAAAUGACAGAGAAUUGAGCACUGGGACUGCAGGAGCAUGAUCUAUACACCAAAACUACUUCAUUAAGCUAAAGUUGUUUUGAUGACUAUAGUGUCCCUUUAACCCCUUAAGGACCAAACUUCUGGAAUAAAAGGGAAUCAUGACAUGUCACACGUCAUGUGUCCUUAAGGGGUUAAUAAAAGCUAUUGUAAGUUUGUGCAAGAUAAACAGGUACUCCACUUUUAUAGCCCAUUAACCUGAGGUUCUAUUCUACAUAAGAUGAAAUAUCUGUAACAUGGACUGGCAUUAGUAGGUAAAGGGUCACUUCCGAGGAUUUUUAAUGCUAUGUUUUAAUAUAAUUGUUGUAUUUUAGAAAUGUUUCUUUUAUGAGGUCUGAAAAAUAAUAUCAAAUGCAAAAACCCAAACUGCUGCAUUUAGCUCAACCGUAGAACUCUUGGUUCAUUCUCAAUUAUUGUUAUAAGCUUUGCCCUAUGCCACUGUCAUUGAGCUUAGAGAGCGCAUACAGAGAGGAAGCAAUCACAAACAAGGUGUCAGUUUCUUCUCUCACGCAAUGCAAUGUGUGCCCUAGUUGUACCAAAAUUGAAUCACAUUGUGAUUUCAAUUUGCUAAAACUUUAAAAUACAUUAAAGGAGAAUAUCUAGGAAUAAAUAUAUAUAUAUAUACAUAGAGAGAGAGAGAGAGAGAGAGAGAGAGAGAGAAAGGUUCAGUUUUGAAAUGUUGACCUUUCAUUUGGAUGUAAUCACAGAUUUAAGAUGUUUUAUUUUUUUUUACUUAAAAGUCCUGUGAGUGCCCUCUUUCUUAUAUCACCUUGUUAUAUAAAUAUAUUUAUAUUAUAGGUGAAUUUGAAUGUUUUAUUUAAAGAAACUCUAAGACUUCACAAAUAUUGUAUUUUUUACACUUGUAACUUUAGUGAACUUGUCCCUAGUUAGAUAUGUUCCCCCUUGCCACAGUGUGUGCAAACAAAACAAAAAACAAACUGCUGACCUCUCCUCCGCUGGCAAUGUCUUCGAGGAGCCAUGGCUUCCUCCGUCAUUGGUCUAAUGCAUAUUGGGGACCUGGCGUGCAUACAGGGUGAGUGCCGUCAGCACGUCCAAGCUUCCCCAUAGGAAAGCAAUGAAUUGAUGCUUUUCUAUUGGGGCUUCCACAUAACCGAGUUUUAUUCAGUCAGUGCAGGGAAAGCACCUCUAGUGUCUGUUAGUAUGACAGCCAUUACAGGUGGAUUUAAUCCUGCAAUGUAAACAUUACAGCUUCUUAAAAAAACUGCAAUAUAGUUAAAAUGACAAAACCAAUGGACCCAGAUCACUUCAUUGAGAUGGAGUAACCUUGGUGACUUUAGUGGUCCCUUAAUGGUAUAAUGUGCAGAGAACUGUCAGUUCCUCUUUAUUAAAGGAACACUAUAGUCACCUAAAUUACUUUAGCUAAAUAAAGCAGUUUUAGUGUAUAGAUCAUUCCCCUGCAAUUUCACUGCUCAAUUCACUGUCAUUUAGGAGUUAAAUCACUUUGUUUCUGUUUAUGCAGCCCUAGCCACACCUCCCCUGGCUAUGAUUGACAGAGCCUGCAUGAAAAAAAAAACUGGUUUCACUUUCAAACAAAUGUAAUUUACCUUAAAUAAUUGUAUCUCAAUCUCUAAAUUGAACUUUAAUCACAUACAGGAGGCUCUUGCAGGGUCUAGCAAGCUAUUAACAUAGCAGGGGAUAAGAAAAUCUUAAUUAAACAGAACUUGCAAUAAAGAAAGCCUAAAGAGGGCUCUCUUUACAGGAAGUGUUUAUGGAAGGCUGUGCAAGUCACAUGCAGGGAGGUGUGACUAGGGUUCAUAAACAAAGGGAUUUAACUCCUAAAUGGCAGAGGUUUGAGCAGUGAAGCUGCAGGGCCAUGUUCUAUACACCAAAGCUGCUUCAUUAAGCUAAAGUUGUUCAGGUGACUAUAGUGUCCCUUUAAUACAGUUCUCAUCAGAGGCAUCAGGAAGCCACCUGCACAUGGAAUGGAUUGGUGGUCCUUUGGUAUGUAAACAGUGGAUGGUCUGCUGCUCUCCCAGUCAAGCUUUCCUAUUUAAAUUGUUUAAUUCUAUUGUUCCAAGCAUUCUGCCACUACAUAGUGCUGUCAUACUAACUUUAUAAAUGUUGUCAUCAGAAGUAACCAUUCACAAUGCUUUGACAUAAAAUGCAGAACAAAGCAUCAUGACAAGAACACUUUAACAGCAUGUGCCAGUAAUAUUUUCUCCCACACUAAUGCCUGAUUUAUUGCUUUAUUGAUGUUCAGAUUGCAGACAUUGGAAAAGGAAUUUAGAAGUGCACAGUUGGAGUUAGACCAAGCUGAGAAGCAACAGAUGGAAGCUCAGAAGACUCACUUUGAGCUUCUUCAUCAGAACUGGCAGCUCCUAAAGACCUUACAGCAGCUCCGCCAAUCACUAGAAAAAUCUGAUCACAGAAAGGACAGGAGGACCUGGAUCGCGUCAGAAAUUCCACGCUGGAAAAGAGCAGGCUCCCCGAAUAGGCAUUAUCUUCUCUAAGCUAAUUAAAGGGGUACUGUAAGAAAAAUAACCAGUAGAUCUUGCUGUGCUUGAUAUAGUGCCUAGAGAGCCCUGGCUUCAUCCCCUGGUUUAAAUGGUUUGACACAAAUCAGAGCUCUAGGACUGCCCUCACCUUUUUAUAAAAUAGAAUUUCAUCCAACCUGAGUGACAGUGAUUUGAUGAGAGAGUUGGAUGUGGGUUAGUGCAGAACACUCAACAAAAAAUGAUUAUGUAUGUUGGACAAAAUUGGCCAUGAUAAACCAAAUGUGUUAAUUUAGCCUUACAAAUGUGGUUGAGAUGGGAACUGUUGCUCUUGGCCAGAAAUAGCCGUCCUAUUUAUCAAACUGUUCCUAAAUGAUUUGAUAUUAACCCGAGGGAUGGACCAGGACAUGUUGGGCAUAAAAACACUAAUGCAAGCUGUAGUAGUUAUGUUAUGUUGCUUACAUUAGGCCUUCAAAUGAACACUCCAAGCACCAUAACCACUUUGGAACACUGUAGUUGUUAUGGUGCCAGGAAUGCCCUAGAAAACCACCAAUUUAAGUAGUCAAUACAUUUUCUAAUGGUUUUAUAUUUAACUAUUGGUCUGACGGGUGUCACUCCCUGAGUCUCAGAAAGAUGAGCUAAUCAUGACAGUAGCAGGCGUGAACAUCCAUUUCAUACUAGUACAUUUCUGUGGCUCUCUGCAACACUGGACUGGACUAUUAUUCAACCAUGAAAUACCUACACUAUUCAUCUACACUUAACAAAAUUAUAAAUGCAACACUUUUGUUUUUUCUAAAAAGUUACAAAACAAAACCAAAAAGGAGAAAACGUGUAAAUAUCACCAAAAAGGGAAUAAUAAAUAGAACAACCUGAAUAUGAAUGCUGAAAUACAAUUGGUAGAUGUAUCUGGGGAGAAAAGAAGAAUAUAGUGCAGUAUAAUCAGCACAGCGGUUGGGGGAGGGGAUGAUGGAAAACUCACUAGAUGGAUGAAAAAUCAGGCGUAUCUCCCUCUUAAAUAGGGUGGGACAGUAUAGUGAUGAACAAUCUCCAGAUGGAUAUCCUCAGAAAGAGUAUCUUCUAAUAUCACUCAAAAUUAAGAAAAUCGAGAGAAAAGAUGGUGCAGAUUGUAUAAAAGUAACAAAUUUAUUGAAUACAAACGCAAAUACAAGAUGUCCAAUGACAAUCAGCAUAUCUCCACUUAAAAGUGGAAUCCAGGACUCCAGCAAGUAGCAGGAAAAAACUCCCAGAAUGGAAGAUACAAUAAAACAAAUAGUACUAAAAACUGAGAUAAAACAAAAUAACAUGUCCUACGCAUUUCGUCCUAUCAGGACUUCCUCAGGGAUGUAUAAUGUUGAUCCAUCGGGUUCUUCUUAAAUAUGCUUUUGAUUGCGCUCUUUUGUUUUUUCCCCCCAUUGUUCAUGAGCUGAACACAAAGAUCUAAGACUUUUUCUAUGUCUUACACAAAAUUUCUCUCAAAUAUUGUUCACAAAUCUGUCUAAAUCUGUG